CAAUGUCACUCUCUCUGAUGAGGAUGAAGACUCUCUCUGCUCCACUCCAGAGGAUGAUGGCAAUGGUAAUGAUAAUGAUGAUGGUGGUCUUUGUUUUGGUGACACCUCUUCCUUCUCCACGUGCACGUCUCAGACGUGAAAAUGUGAACAUGUCAAAUCCUCAUCUGGUUGCCAAUCACAACAACACCAGCAGUGCAGAGGGGUUCACUGAGUUCGCAGUAAACAACAUGGGAACCCACAUGGGGAACAGCACAGAGCAUGCCACGGGGAACAGAACCCGCAUCACGUUGAUGUUUCAUCCUGGGGCCACAGGUGCUAGGUGUUUCCUGCCCACCUGUGGGACGGUGAACCUUGUCAACAAAAUGCAGGGUGGAGAGGAGAAGGCUGGCGGCGCCACUGGAGACCCCUACGGUCCUGGGAAAAAGUGAAAGGAGGCACCUGUUACUCCUUCAUCAUCUUCAUCAUUAUCAGCUCCACCUCACACUCACCUGUCUGAGAGAAAAACACAAGAAAACCUAACCUUCACACACCUGAGGAUGCAAAGAAGUUAACUACAAUUCCCAAGAUCCAUCUUACCAACAAACAUCCAGUGACAGAGCUGCACGUCACCACAGGUGGAUACCAAAGAGAAGCAUCUUCACUCUCACCUGUUUGACUCCAACUGUGGUCACUGUGGACUCUAUGACUUUCAGCUCCUCCCAGUUUGUAUUUACAUCUUAUACUUUUAUUUUGAAGGGGCCUGUCCCUGAUCACUUGGAGUUUUUCUGUCGCAUUUUACAUGUCAGUUUGUGUCUGUGACAUCAAAGACAGAAAUGAAACAAAGGUAUUAAUUAGCAAAGUUUGUUGGUGUUUCUGUGGAGCUGGUUGGAGUCACACUGAGCAUGUGCAAAAUGCCUACCUGUAAAUGGGACAUGAGUUCUGUCUGAAAUGUGUCCACGUAAAGAAAAUCUGUUUCCAAUAAAGUUCUAAAUAAAGUUUGACUCUCCCUGCAAGUAUAAAACUGACUACAGGUAAACGGUCAGAGGUCAGCUACACUUCUAUAGCAGAGGAGUUGGCCCAUGCUGGACAGUACCUACAUCAGUCUUUAUUUACAGUCUAUGAUUGCUUAUUAAAAGUGCAGCGUGAAGCCCUUCUGGGCAGUCACUGUGAUAUAAAAGCUGCGUGUAUCACGAGUCAGUGAUAAAAACACAUUCAAGUUUUCUGACUUGUCCCAAAUGCAGGAUUUAAAAUAGUUUUUCCUCCUAGCAGUUAAACUUCUCUGAGUGUCCCUAAGAACAUCUCAGCUUCCUGUCCAGGUUCCAAGACAAUAAACCAUCUUUGAUGUACAGUCUGAGGUGCAGACUGUUAAAUCUGA